AUUCAAGGUAUUAAAGAUUGUUUUAAUCAACCAUGACGGCAUCGACAGAACCAAGAACCCUUUACGAUAAGGUGUUCGAAGACCAUAUCGUCUACAAGGACGAGAGUGGCUCAAACUUGCUGUAUAUUGACAGACACCUGGUGCACGAGGUGACAUCCCCACAAGCCUUUGAAGGGUUGAAGAAUGCUGGAAGACAAGUCAGAAGAAAAGAUUGUACCUUGGCCACAGUUGAUCACAACAUCCCAACGGACUCCAGAGCCAACUUCAAGUCCACAGAGACGUUCAUCAAGCAACAGGAUUCGUUGCUUCAGGUUCAAACGCUGGAGCAGAACGUGAAGGACUUUGACGUUACCUUCUUUGGUAUGACUGAUGAGAGACAAGGUAUUGUGCACAUUGUUGGUCCAGAACAAGGGUUCACCUUACCUGGUACAACGGUUGUGUGUGGUGACUCUCACACUGCUACUCACGGUGCGUUUGGUGCAUUGGCCUUUGGUAUUGGUACCUCCGAGGUGGAGCACGUCCUUGCUACACAGACCAUCAUCCAAGCAAAGUCCAAGAACAUGAGAAUCUUCAUCGAUGGUGAUCUCAACCCAGGUAUCACAUCUAAGGAUUUAGUGCUGCACGUUAUUGGUGUGAUCGGUACCGCUGGUGGUACCGGACAUGUCAUUGAGUUUGCUGGUAAGGCCAUUGAGAACUUGUCCAUGGAAGCAAGAAUGUCCAUCUGUAACAUGGCUAUCGAAGCUGGUGCAAGAGCCGGUAUGAUCAAACCUGACCAAAUCACAUUUGAUUACAUCAAGGGCCGUCCAUUGGCUCCAAAGGGUGAUGAAUGGGAAAAGGCUGUUGCGUACUGGAAAACUCUUCACACCGAUGAGGGUGCUAAAUUUGAUCAAAACAUCGUUAUCAAGUCCACCGACAUUGUUCCAACCAUCACUUGGGGUACAUCUCCUCAAGAUGCUCUCCCAAUUACUGGCCGUGUCCCAGAUCCAUCAAAGGUUGAUGACCCACUCAAGAAGGCUGGUAUGGAAAGAGCCCUCAAAUACAUGGGUCUCACACCAAAUACUCCAUUGACAGAGAUCCCAAUUGACAAGGUGUUUAUUGGAUCUUGUACAAACGCCCGUAUCGAAGACUUGAGAGCUGCUGCCAGAGUCGUCAAGGGAAAGACUAAAGCUCCAAAUGUGAAGCGUUGUCUCGUUGUUCCUGGUUCAGGUCUUGUGAAGAAGCAAGCUGAGAAGGAAGGUCUUGAUAAGAUAUUCAGAGCUGCUGGUUUCGAGUGGAGAGAGGCUGGUUGUUCAAUGUGUCUUGGUAUGAACCCAGAUAUCUUGGAUCCAGAAGAGCGUUGUGCUUCCACCUCCAACAGAAACUUCGAAGGUCGUCAAGGUGCUCUUUCUCGUACACACUUGAUGUCUCCAAUUAUGGCUGCUGCAGCCGGUGUUACUGGCCACUUUGUUGAUAUCAGAGAAUUUGUUUACUCAGACCCAGACUCACCAAAGAUUUCCGUCCAACAAGCAGAGGAGGACAAGGCACUUCAAGAUGCUGUUUACGAGCACACCAAGAAACCACUUGAACCUGGUGAGACUACGGAAGAGGCUGAACAAGAUGAGCUUGCCGAUGUUCCACCUUCUGAUCACACUGUUGAUGAGACACCAGUUGCUGGCGCUGCCGGUUCAGCAAGUAACGCAUUCACUACAUUGACGUCUAUUGCUGCCCCUCUCGACAGAGCCAACGUUGAUACCGAUGCCAUUAUUCCAAAGCAGUUCUUAAAAACAAUUAAGCGUACUGGUUUGAGAGAUGGUCUCUUUUACGAAUCACGUUUCAUCAAAGGGCCAGAUGGUAAGGAUAUCGAGACAGACUUUGUCUUGAACGUUGAGCCAUACAGACAAGCUGAGAUUUUGCUCGUCACUGGUGACAAUUUCGGUUGUGGUUCUUCUAGAGAACACGCUCCUUGGGCAUUGAAGGAUUUCGGUAUCAAAUCUAUUAUUGCCCCAUCAUUCGGUGAUAUUUUCUACAACAACUCCUUUAAGAACUUCUUGCUUCCUAUUAGACUUCCACAGGAGGUGAUCUUAGAGAAGUUGUAUGACUUUGCUCAAAAGGGCGAAAAGCUCACUAUUGACUUGCCAAACCAACAGAUUUUGGGUCCAGAGGGUCAAGUCCUUGUUGAACACUUUGACAUUGAACCAUUCAGAAAGCAUUGUCUUGUCAAUGGUCUUGAUGACAUUGGUCUGACUCUCCAAAAGGAAGAGUACAUUUUGAAGUACGAGUCUAUGAGAAGGGAUAAAUUCUCCUUCUUGGAAGGUGGUUCUAAGCUCAUCAAGCCAAUCGUGGGUACUAAGAAGAGUAAAUACGGUGUCACUGCCCAAGAAUGGUGAAGAUAUUCCGUACAUUCCCUUUGAAUAUUUUAGAAAACUAAUGGAUUAUUUAUUUGUCAUUCGUACAU